AUGAAUUCCAAUCCCCAGGGAAAUUCUGAAAUGCUUUCAUUUAAUCAAACUAACGAAAGUGUAACUCCUCAUAGUGAUAAUCCUCCACCAAAUGGAAUCAAUGGAAGUGUUAAUGAUACCACCCAACGUAAUGAUGGUAAUAAUUCCAAUGCUACGGAGUUUGAUGGCCAGUAUCUUAAUUCCAAUUGGCCCGAGACUUUAUUAUUGGAUUCUCAUCUUUAUGAUGUUGAUUUUCCAUCCCAUAUUGAAGGUGUAGGACCUACCAAUAAUAUCAUUCAAAGCAUUCAAUAUCAAAAUAAUGUGUCCCCUGACAAGAAAGAUGAUUUGGAUUUUUCAGAAUUUGAUAAUAACUCCAUAACAGCUGGCGGCAUUACAGGACCAGGUAAAAAGAUUACUAAGAAGACCAAAGAAGCUGAUAAACCAAAGAAUAAGACUAGACCUUGUGAUCAUUGUAGGAAACGUAAAACCAAAUGUGUAUUGAUUCCAGGGACCAACAAUUGCGUUCAAUGUGAAACAAAAUCUAUUGAAUGUACUUAUGUUGGACAAGCCAUCAAAAGAAAACCUCCAGCAGGAAGUGAUGAACCUUUACUCAAAAAAUCCAGCCAGUUCAAUAGUUAUGACAAUAAUCGAAUUGUAGCACCAAACGUUCCUAUAAGAGAUGUCCAACCCGUUCAAGAUUAUUCGGUAAUGAAUAAUUCCCUUCUAAAGAAAACCUUAUCAUUACAAUUUCCUCGCUCAAGUUUUUAUGUGGGUCCAACUUCAUAUAUUUAUGAUUUAAAUCUUUUGAAUACCAUCAUAGAUUCUCAGAACAAGCAUAAUCCUCAAUCUCCAGGUAAUGGAAAAGUUGAACAAAUCAAUUUGAGUGAUUCCAUAUCUCUUCGGAAAGUUAGCGAAGAUGCUCAAUUCAUACUCAAAGAUGAUCAGAGUCAACAAUCUUAUCAAGUAAUGUCAAAUGAUGUCGAUGCUAUUGAAAAAUUCGUAGCUCCUCAUGGUCAAAUCUUGAUAGAUUUGUAUUUCCGAAUUAUUCAUCCUUCAUAUCCUAUAUUACAUAAGAAAGUAUUUUUGGAGAAAUAUUCUCGUACUCAUCGAGAAUUCAGUGCUCCAUUACUUGCAGCUGUUUAUGUUUUAGCCAUUCAAUGGUGGGAUUAUGAUCCUUCAUUGAAUCGAUUUCCAAAACCUAAUAUUGGUAAUAUCUUAAAGAUAGGUCUUAAUAACUAUCUUUUAGAAAUUUUAAAACGUCCAAAAUUAAGUGCUGUACAGGCUGGUCUCUUAUUAUUACAGUGCAAGCAUAUUGUUAGAGUUAGUAAAGAUAAUUCUGAUGAGUCCAGUGAACUCAAUCAAGCUUCUAUAAUCAAUGAAUUGGGUUAUAGUGAUUGGGUUUUAUGCUCACAAGUCAUUGCUUUAGCUGAAGAACUAGGUUUAGGUUUGGAUUGUACUGAUUGGAAAUUACCUAAAUGGGAACGAGGUCUUAGGAAACGUUUAGCUUGGGCUGUUUAUAUUGAAGAUAAAUGGUUAUCAUUGAAAAAUUCCCGACCUUCUCAUAUCAAUGAAAUCAAUUGGAUAGUUAAUCCUUUGAUUGAGGAAGAUUUCCCAGAAAAGCAUGGAGACGGAGAUUUAAAAGAAGGAUCUUCUGAUAUUGAUAAUGGGAAGAAAAUAUUCACCAAAUUGAUUGAAUUAUCCAAAAUAUUGGGUGAAAUUUUAGACAGUUUUUAUUCAAUGAAAGCUAUAGCUAUUCUAAAAGAUGAUGUAACAGAGAUCUUGAAAUUAGCUAAACCAAUUCAAUUAAACUUAAGAAAUUGGUAUCAUCAAUUACCUGUUGAAUUACAAAUGACUACAGUUCAACAGAGGAAAUUGUGUUCCAAUGGUUAUUUACAAUUAGCAUAUUUUGCUACUGAAUUAACUUUACAUCGUAAAAUUAUAACUGCCAUUUAUAAUCAAACUUUACAGAAUAAGAAUUUACCCAAAGAAUUGAUCUCAGUAUGUAGAUCAGCUGCUAGAACCAGAUUAUUAGCAGCUAUUGAUUUUGUUCGAGAUUUAAAACCUGAACAUAUUCACUCAUUCUGGCAUUCAUCAUCAGCUUCUAAUUUUACUUUAAUAGGAACUUUUGCCAGUAUUUUAUUCAUAUCUUCAAGAACAAAAGAAGAAUCGGUGUUUUUCAGAGACCAGAUAUUUAAUUAUAGAUGGAUUUUGAAAAUCUCUUCAAAAGGUUUUGAUCAAGUUGGUGAUGCUUUAACUCAAUUGGAUUUGGUACUUAAUCAUAUUCCAGGUUUAUUAAAUGAUAAUUCUGAAUUACCUAUGUUAGUUCCAACUGUUUCUGAUAUUCCAAUUGCUAGACCUGAUCUGGCUCAAUCUCAAUAUCAAUCAGUAAGAAAUUUAUCAACAGCUUCCAAUGGAUCAUUCAUAUCAAGUCCCCAAUCCAUUCAAACUUCACAACAACCAAGAUCUCAACCACAACCAGUUAAAAGAGGUAGACCUCCUCAUGUAAGAAUGAAUAGUGCUAUUUCACCCAUGGAUUCAUCAGUUUCAACACCCCAAUUCAAAUCCCUUAAUUCUCCCCAAUCAUCCCAAGGAUUCUCCCCAAGAGAUUUAUCUGCUAGAAGAGUUGAUAAUUCUCCAAACAAAUCAAAACCCAACAGUCCUAUUAUAACCAAAUCUCCUUUAAGUAAUAGAACGGAUACUGAUGAAUAA